CGAAAGAUUAAUUGCAUAUAUUUUGUGGUUGUUUCUCUCUCCAAUAGCCAUGGCGGCAACGACAGUAGCGGCGGCGUUUUCCCGUUCCAUGUUGUUCGAAAGAUCCACUCGUUCACUAUCAUUUGUUCUCUUCUCUAAGCGUUUCCUAUCCUCCACCUCUACCAUCGCUCGAGCUCCUCCUCUUCCGGGUUUCCUCCGACCGGCUAGAUCAACCACUUCGCUUUCCCACUCCUUGCGAGUUGUAUCUCCCGGCGCUAGCAGGUUAAAUGUUGUCAGGUGCAGGGUUAACCGGUCUGGUGGCUCCACAUAUUCGCCACUCAAUUCCAGUUCCAACUUCAGCGACCGUCCUCCCACCGAAAUGGCUCCUCUCUUCCCAGGAUGUGACUAUGAGCACUGGCUCAUUGUUAUGGAAAAUCCCGGCGGUGAAGGUGCCACAAAGCAACAGAUGAUCGAUGCCUACAUCCAAACAUUAGCCAAGGUGGUUGGAAGUGAAGAAGAAGCAAAGAACAAGAUUUACAAUGUAUCUUGCGAGAGAUAUUUUGGGUUUGGAUGUGAAAUUGAUGAGGAGACUUCCAAUAAGCUUGAAGGUUUGCCGGGUGUACUCUUUGUCCUUCCCGAUUCUUAUGUGGAUGCUGAAAAUAAGGAUUAUGGUGCUGAGUUGUUAGUGAAUGGAGAGAUUGUUCAAAGGUCACCUGAGAGGCAGAGAAGGGUUGAACCAGUGCCGCAAAGAGCUCAGGACCGACCCAGGUACAAUGAUAGAACUCGGUAUGUGAGACGUAGGGAAAAUACUAGGUGAAAUGAUAUUUUGUUAAGACGAUGAAACUUUUUAUUAUUGUGUUUUCUAUGCACGGUUGUAGCUAUAUAUGGCACUUACUUAUGUUAUGUGUCCUGCCUGGUUGAGAGACUAUUGUUACAAUCAAACCUUGCACAUUGUGGGUGCUUUAUAAUAUUUUAUCAAUGUGGAA